AUGUCCAACCCACCACCCAAGACCGACAAGAGGGACACCCUUGUGGCCCUUGAGAAGACUGCUCAGGCCGCCUGGGCUGCCGACCGCACCUUUGAGACCGAGCCCGCUCCCCUCCCCGAGGGUGUUGCCUCGUACGCCGACUUUUUCGAGUCUGGCCUCUCGAUGGAGGAGGUUCAGGCCAAGCACCCCAAGUGGUUCGGCACCUUCCCUUACGCGUACAUGAACGGCUCGCUCCACCUUGGCCACGCUUUCACCAUCUCCAAGAUUGAGUUCGCCGCCGGUUUCGAGCGCAUGCGUGGCAAGCGCGUCCUCUUCCCCGUCGGUUACCACGCCACUGGUAUGCCCAUCAAGACCUCGGCUGACAAGAUCAUCCGCGAGAUGGAGCUCUUUGGUGAGGACUUUGCUGGCCACGUCCAGCCCGCUGCCGAGGAGGAGGUCGUCGAGGUCGUCGAGGCCCCCAAGGCUGCCGACCCCAAGGCCAAGUCGGCCAACCCCGCCAAGGCCAAGAAGGGCAAGCUCAACGCCAAGUCGACUGGCCUCGAGUACCAGUACCAGAUCAUGGAGCUCAUCGGUGUCCCCAAGGACGAGAUCAAGCAGUUUGCCGACCCCAUCCACUGGCUCGAGUACUUCCCCCCUAUCGCCAAGGAGGACCUCUCCAACCUCGGUGCCCGUGUCGACUGGCGCAGGCAGUUCCUCACCACCCCUGCCAACCCUUACUACGACACUUUUGUCCGCUGGCAGAUGAACAAGCUCCACCAGCAGGGCCGUAUCAAGUUCGGUGAGCGUUACACCAUCUACUCGCCCAAGGACGGCCAGCCCUGCAUGGACCACGACCGCCAGUCGGGUGAGGCUGUUGGCCCCCAGGAGUACACUGCCGUCAAGAUGGAGGUCCUCGAGUGGGGACCUGAUGUCUCUGGCGACGUCAAGCAGGCUGUCGGCGGCAAGAAGGUCUUCAUGGUCGCUGCCACUCUCCGCCCCGAGACCAUGUACGGUCAGACCAACGCGUUUGUCGGCACUGGUAUCGAGUACGGCCUCUACGAGGCCAAGGAGGGUGAGGUCUGGCUCGUUACCGAGCGCUCGGCCCGCAACAUGGCCUUCCAGGGUAUCUUUGACGGUGCCCGUGGCGACCUCCGCAAGGUCGCCUCGGUCAAGGGCGCCGACGUUAUCGGCACCAAGAUCCGCCCUCCCUUCGGCAUCGUCCCCGAGGUCUACGUCCUCCCCAUGGAGGGUGUUCUCGCCACCAAGGGUACCGGUGUUGUCACUUCGGUUCCCUCGGACUCGCCCGAUGACUGGCGUACCCUCAUGGACCUCCGCAAGAAGGCCGACAUGUACAAGAUCAAGCCCGAGUGGGCUGCCGUCGACCCCAUCCCCGUCCUCAGCACCCCCAAGUUUGGUGACAUGGCCGCUGAGAAACUCUGCACUGAGCUCAAGAUCCAGUCGCAGCGCGACACCAAGCUCCUCGCCGAGGCCAAGGAGCAGACCUACAAGGAGGGCUUCUACAACGGUGUCAUGACCAUUGGUGACUUCAAGGGCGAGCCCGUUCAGGAGGCCAAGCCCAAGGUCCGCCAGCAGAUGAUGGACGCCGGCCUCGCUGUCGCCUACGCCGAGCCCGAGUCCGAGGUUAUCUCGCGUUCGGCCGACGUCUGUGUUGUCGCCCUUGUCGACCAGUGGUACCUCGACUACGGAGAGGAGGAGUGGAAGGCCAAGGCCGAGUCGCUCCUCAAGCAGCUCAACACCUACGUUCCCGAGACCCGCCACAACUUUGAGGCCGUCCUCAACUGGCUCAACCAGUGGGCCUGUGCCCGUUCGUUCGGUCUCGGCUCCAAGCUCCCCUGGGACCCCCAGUUCCUUGUCGAGUCGCUCUCGGACUCGACCAUUUACAUGUCGUACUACACCGUCGCCCACCUCCUCCACGAGGACAUGUGGGGCAAGGAGGGCAAGCUCGGCAUCAACGUUGACGACAUGACCGACGCCAUGUGGGAGUACGUCCUCUGCGACGGCGCCUUCCCCGCCGACUCCAAGGUCCCCAAGGAGAAGGCUGCCGAGCUCAAGUACUCGUUCCAGUACUUCUACCCCCUUGACAUUCGUUCGUCGGGCAAGGACCUCAUCCCCAACCACCUUACCUUCUGGAUCUACAACCACGCCGCCAUCUUCCCCGAGAAGCACUGGCCCCGCGCCGUCCGCUGCAACGGUCACCUCAUGCUCAACGGCAAGAAGAUGUCCAAGUCGACCGGUAACUUCCUCACCAUGCGUGAGGCCACUCAGAAGUUUGGUGCCGACGCCGUCCGUCUCACUCUUGCCGACGCCGGUGACGACAUUACCGACGCCAACUUUGAGGAGACUGUCGCGAACGCGGCCAUUCUCCGUCUCCACACCGCGUGCCUCUGGGCCGAGGAGAUGAAGGAGUCGGCUGACAAGCUCCGCACUGGCGAGUUCAACGAGUUUGACCGUCUCUUCCAGGCCGAGACCGACCGUCUCAUCGAGGCGGCCUACAACGCCUACGACCUGAUGGAGUUCAAGGAGGCCCUCAAGCUUGGUCUCUACGACUUUGAGGCUGCCCGUAACUGGUACCGCCAGGUCGCCGCCCAGGAGUACGGUGGCCCCGGUCUCCACAAGGACCUCAUCUUUGGCUGGAUCCGUGCCAACGCCCUCCUCCUGGCCCCCUUCACCCCCCACUUCUCGGACUACAUCUACCGCACGAUCCUCGGCGAGAAGGGCUCGGUCCAGAGCGCCCCCUUCCCCAAGCCCUCGGCUGCCGUCGACCCCGUUGCCAUCGAGCAGCUCGAGUACGCCAAGGCCGUCGUCGACGUCCUCCGCUCGGCCGAGACUGCCCUCGCCCGCCGCAAGGGUGGCAAGGGCAAGGCCCCCGUCGCCGCCUUUGACGCCACCAAGCCCAAGGGUGUCCGCAUCUACGUUUCGUCCGAGUUCCCCGAGUGGCAGAACCGCUGUGUCGACAUUGUCCAGUCGGCCUGGGACGAGUCGACCGGCACCAUUGACGACGUCAAGAUGCGCGCCGCGCUCACCGAGGCCGGUCUCGGCAAGGACAAGAAGGCCAUGCCCUUCAUCCAGCUCUUCAAGAAGAAGGUCCUCACCACCGGCAAGCGCGCGUUCGGCCGUACCCUCCCCUUCUCCGAGCUCGACACCAUCAAGCUCCUGAUCCCCCACAUCAAGUCGCAGCUCAAGUACGACGUCAUCGACGUCGUCGCCGCCAGCGAGGCCAAGGCCAAGAUCGCCGAGGGCACCGUCACCGAGGCCGAGGGCUGGUCGACCGAGAGGGUCGAGGCGUCCGAGCCCGGAGCCCCCGCCGUUCAGUUCUGGAACCUCUAA